CAUUAGGAUCGACAUCAGUUCACAAUCACACAAGUACAAUGAAGACAACUGCAUUUUUCCUAGCCACUUUGGCCCUCUCUACUGCAGUGCCCCUUAAUCUUAUAGAAGACGAUGAAGGGCAACAAUAUUUGUUGGUUCCUCUACAAAGACAAAGACGGGAAUCUUCAACUUCGUGGGAUGUUUCAAAAGGGGCGGCUGGUACAACCGUAAAAUUGGGCCAGGAAACUGUUCUUGCAUCCAAAGGUGGCCAUGAACUUACCGCCGGAGUCCUUGGUGCAAAAACAUUUAAACCAACCGGUCCAUUGACUGUUGGAGGAACCUUGGGUUACCACAAUGUCCCAACUGGUACCGAUAUUAAAGCAGUUGUUACUCGCACUCCCAAUUGGGGCACAGAUGUAGGUCUUCAAGCUUCGAAAACUUUGAGGGCUCCGGACAAAAAUACGAAACUGGAGGCUUACGGUGGAGUCAGUCACAGUUACACCCCUUGAGGAAACACUAAACCACAAGGAAAUGUUGGUCUUCAGUUUUCCCACGGGCACAAUUGGUUCAGCGGUUAAAUCAUAAAAUAUUUUUAUUAUCACUAUUUAUUUUACUAUUUAUUCAAUAGAAUUUCCUUUACAAUUUAAA